GUUCAAAAUUUUCUUGUCCAAGAAACAUACAUAGAUUCUUCUUAUUUCCAAUAAAAGAUUCCUGCGCUCUUUUGUUUUCUACCUUCAUGCCCUCUGUUUUAUUUAUCGACAGAGUUUUUCAUGUUGGCGGUGAAGAAGCCAACUUCUAGUUAUCUUAAUCUGUUUAAUUCUCUCCGCCAUCAUGGAUUCUCAGUUCAACGACAACGAGCACAUUCAUCUCCGCCUGCCCAAACCACCCUCGCCAAAACUAACAAUUUUGUUGCAAACUGCAACUCUCAGAUUACAAGAUAUGGCCGAAUCGGAAACAUUGCGGGGGCCGAGUCGUUGUUCCACGGCAUGCCGGAGAAAAGUGUUGUUACCUACACCGCCAUGCUUUCUGCUUACGCAAACAGCAGUAAAAUCAUAAGUGCCCGAAAACUGUUCGAAGAAAUGCCUCAACGGACUGUAACGACGUGGAAUGCGAUGAUCACGGCUUACGUGAAAAAUAUGAAUAGGGUGGACGGUGUGGAAGAGGCGUUUAGACUGUUCCUGAGGAUGCCGGUGCGAAAUGCUGUGUCCUACUCGGUGAUGGUUAUGGGUUUGGUUAAUUCGGGUAAAUUUGAUUAUGCUGAGAAGUUGUAUAGUAGCACACCGUUGGGAUGGAGGGAUCCGUUUUGCUCGAACCUGCUGAUGAAUGGGUAUCUGAAGAUUGGCAGAUUGGAUGAGGCUGUUAGGAUUUUUGAUGGGAUGGUGGAGAAAAAUGUUGUUUCUUGGAGCUCAAUGGUGGAUGGUUUUUGUAAGAGAGGGAGAGUUGAUGAGGCUAGGGAGUUUUUUGAUUUGAUGGAAGAGACCAAAAAUGAGUUUACUUGGUGUUCCAUGGUUGAUGGAUACAUGAAAGUGGGUCGUUUUGAGGAUGGUUUUCGAUUGUUCUUGCGAAUGAGAAGGGAAGGCGAGGUAGGAAUUGAACCCACCAUUCUCACUGUGAUUUUCGAGUCCUGUGGCAGAAUUGGUAGAUUUAGGGAAGGUUGCCAAGUCCAUGGCCUUUUGUCACGUUUGGGAUUUGAGUAUGAUGUGUUUCUGGCCAAUUCAAUCAUCGCAAUGUACUCAAGGUUUGGCUUCGUCAAUGAAGCAAGAAUUUUGUUUGACAUGACGAGCGAGAAAGAUGUAGUUUCUUGGAAUUCCCUUCUUUACGGAUAUGUUCAAGCUGGAAUGCUUGAAGAGGCGAAUGAACUUUUCAAGAAAAUGGAUUCCAAAGAUUCAGUUUCAUGGACCACCUUGAUUACUGGAUUCUCCAACCGAGGUAUGACUGGAAAAUGUGCUGACUUAUUCAGUAAAAUGCCUAGACCGGAUGAUGUUGCUUGGACAGCUCUUAUUUCGGCAUUUGUGUAUAAUGAAGAAUAUGAAGAAGCUAUUCGUCGCUUCAAUCAGAUGAUCUUGAAUGGAAUCAGGCCUAACCCUCUUACAUUAAGUAGCUUGCUUAGUGCUUCUGCAAGUUUGGCAUCUUUAAGCCUUGGUCUUCAGAUACAUAAUUUUGUGAUCAAAAUGGUUAUGGAGCAUGAUUUAUCCAUCCAAAAUUCCCUUGUGUCAAUGUAUUCAAAAUGUGGAUCUGUAGAAGAUGCCUACAAGAUAUUCAAAUCCAUCACCAAACCCAACACUGUCUCAUUCAAUUCUAUGAUUACAGGAUUUGCCCAUAAUGGAUAUGGAGAAGAAGCACUUGAUUUAUUUAGUCAAUUGGUUGAUGGAGGACUUAAUCCUACCGAAGUUACCUUUCUGGGUGUUCUCUCUGCUUGCACCCAUGCGGGGUUUGUAGAAGAGGGACGACAUUACUUCAAAUCCAUGAGGACUUUCUUUGAACUUGAACCGGGUCUUGAUCAUUACGCUUGCAUGGUUGAUUUGCUUGGUAGGGCUGGCCUUCUCGAUGAAGCCCUAAAUUUGAUCGAGACAAUGCCAGUUGAGCCUCAUGCUGGAGUAUGGGGUGCCCUUCUUGGUGCAAGCCGGACUCACAUGCAUCUUGAUCUUGCAAAACUCGCAGCUCAAAAAAUCUUCCAACUUGAACCAAAUAAUGCUACUCCGUAUGUGGUGAUGUCAGAUAUCUAUGGUAUUACAGGGAAGAGGAGAGAUGAAGAAGAAAUGAGAGUGUCCAAAAGAUUAAGAGGCAUAAAAAAGAGUCCAGGUUGCAGUUGGAUUACAGUGAAGGACAAGGUCAGAUUGUUUCUCUCAGGAGAUAAAUCUCAUGUAAACUUUGAAGAGAUCAAAACUAUUCUGGGGUCAAUUAUUCAUGAUAUGAAACACUUAGAUUUUACUGACCUUGAUUGUCAACUACAUUGAGAAAUUAACUUUUAGGUCGAGAUUUAUGAAGCAUGGGGUCGAGCUUUGUUGAGCAGCACACUGUACAGACGGUUUCAUCCCAUUCCUCGCCACUUUGUAUGUUCGAUGCUGGAUCGACAUGACUUGUAUGAUUUAGCAUAAGGAACUAGUUCAUAUAUAUUGAGGUAUGCCAUCUGCAUUAUGCUAUUCUUAUCUGUGGGAUUAUGAAGCUUAGUCUGAAGAUGUCUUGGGUAAAAGGCCUGUUCCUUAAAUAUCUGAAUUUUGAACUUGUUUCUUCAUUUUGGAUAAGUCAGUCUUUGGUGAAGGAUAUUCAGAAACAUGGCUUGCUCGUUGAGAAUAAUCCAUUUU